GACAUGAUAAUACAGUUUUAUACCUCAUUUGGAUUUAGUGCGGUAUUUAACUUAACUUCUCAGUGUAGACAGUGAAAAUAUAAUUUCGUAAGUUCGUAAGACAAAAUUGAGUUAAUAUUCAAAGAUUCACCACUAUUUUAUGUCUAUUAAAUAGCUGGAGUAAAAUGUAACAGUAAUAUAUAUAAAUAAUUUCACAAUACAGUGCCAGUCGUAAGUCAUCUAGCUUCGUGUCAUAAAGCCAGUGUGUUACUGUUGGGUAAAUAUUUGAAACGGAUGCAAUGAUUAAUUUCUUUAAGGACAUAUAAAUAGUGUAUAAAGAGAAAUAAGAACAAACUAAGAUAAUGCGAACGAAGACGGAAAACAGAAACAUUAUCGAAUAACAAUAGAAUGAGUGUGUGAUUAGAAAUGUAUGAUUAUUAGAAGUAUUUAUAGUGAAGGAGUAUAUAGCAAUAAAUCUGAUCGCAUUUCAUUUCGCGAAAAGUAAAAAUGGAGCAGUUUAUUACAAAGUUUGGAAUCUUAAUUCUUCUUGUAUUUUCAUUUGAUAUAAUAUUAAGAUGUAAAAGUGCAGAAACUGAACGCUUGCAUAGAUCUAAAAGAUAUAUAGAAUGGGGUUCUGAUAUUGCCGGCCCUUACUGUGAAAGACGCCGCGGAGGUUGUUGUCCGGGGCGCAUUGACACUUGCUCUGUACCUAUACUCGACACCAUGUGCUACUGUGACGAGUUUUGCAACAGAACAAGAGGGGACUGUUGCCCUGAUUUUUUCUCAUUCUGUCGUGGUGUUAGAACAACUCCUGCCCCACUUAGAGGAGCAUGCGAUUACAAUGGUAGGCCGUUCCCUCCAAACUCUGCCAUCAAGAUCAACUGCAAUAAAUGUCGGUGUUCCCCGGAUUCUAGAAGUGCCACUGGCCACUCUUGGAGAUGCGAGGAGAAUAUAUGUCUUAUUAGAGAAAAUGUUAUCAACGGGGUCAAUAAUCGAAAUAUCGGAUGGAGGGCUUCAAAUUAUACAAAAUUCUGGGGAAUGACUUUAACUGAAGGACGGCAAUACCGUCUUGGUACUUAUAAGCCUGACGAACUUGUUAUGAACAUGAAUCCGAUCAAAGUCAACCAUGAUGGUCGCUUGGCCGAAAAUUUUGACGCCCGGGUUAAAUGGCCACGAUGGGUGCACGGCAUCAGAGACCAAGGGAAUUGUGCGGCGUCAUGGGCAUUUUCAACAACAGCCCUGGCAGCUGAUCGACUGACCAUCGAGUCCCGGGGAGCGGCGCCAGAUUCGCUGUCACCUCAGAACCUCAUGUCCUGUAACAACCACGGUCAGAAUGGAUGUAAAGGAGGUAACCUGGAUAGAGCUUGGUGGUUCAUCAGAAAACGCGGGGUGACUACUGAAGACUGUUACCCCUAUAGAAGCGGGGAUACAAGUUCGAUCGGGAGAUGUCUUGUUGCCCGCGGACAGACGGGCGGACUAUGUCCCAGUGGGAUACCGUUCAGAAUACAGCGGGUCUUUCAUUCUACCCCUCCAUACAGAAUAUCUAUGUCGGAGAGAGAUAUAAUGGCCGAAAUAGAAAUGAAUGGACCAGUGCAAGCUACAUUCAAGGUGAAAGAGGAUUUCUUUAUGUACAAGUCUGGCGUAUACAGUUAUUCACGUGUUGUACCUGAAACAACCCCUGUAUCUGAAGAGAAAUACUCGUAUCAUUCAGUUAGAAUUAUCGGAUGGGGUUUAGACAGAAGUAGCGGAAGAAAUUUAAAGUACUGGUUAUGUGCUAAUUCCUGGGGCAGUGACUGGGGCGAAAAUGGUUAUUUCCGGAUUGCAAGAGGAACGAAUGAGUGUGAUAUCGAGUCUUUCGUACUAGGAGCCUGGGGUAAAGUCCAAGGCGAUGAAGCAUUACGGGCUUUGUUAGAAGGGUUCAGACUGGAACGUCAAAGGGUGAGCUUUCGAAGGAGCAGACGUAGAGGCAGACGGCAUCUUCGAAGACACAAACGAGUCCAUAAAAGACAAUGAAUUUUGUAGCUUAAGAAAUACUAUUUCGGAGAUUAUAUUUUCAUAAUACUGUAUUCUGAAGUGCUAGUAGAUGGGUAAAAUAUUUUUCGGACAGCAAAAGGCAUAUAUUAUCAGAAAUUGUAUUAGUCAGGGUGCAGAUUUUUUUACAUUCCAAUUAUGAAAUUCCUCCACCAAGCAACAGUCGUAGCAUCACCUCUGUUUGUUCAUAACGGAUUGUCUUAAGUUUCGAAAAAUUAGCAACUAAGGAAAUUAGGUUUCGGGUCCCUUUCAAUAGUCUGAAAGAUUAAAAUCCUUUCGAAUUUUUAUUAUUUUAAAUAUGUUAUUUUUUACCUUCUGCUGCUGGUAUAUUAGAGAAAAAUGUAAAUUAUGUGUGAUUCAGCAUUUUUAUUGCAAGUUUACAACACAAAAGUAUUUGUUAUAAGAACUUUAAAACCCAGGGUGUACUGUGACUUGUGCUAUGAGUGACGUCAUUUAAGAAUGAAUGAAUGCGUAAACUUGCUUCGUUUCAUUCUAUUUGAGUAACUAAUUACUAGUUGCAUGGGGACCAGAUAUUCCAAUCCACACAUACAACCCACAUUUUGAUAAAAGGUCGUUUAUUUCCUGUUGAAAAACGGCGUUAAACCCCAAACAAAUGAACAAACUUUACUAACACAUUGUAGAAAUAUUCCAUGGAUCUAUAGCUUGAAAAAUAUUUGUUGUUCCCUUUACAUCCAACAGCACGAAGUAUACGAUAUAAUUAUCUAUAACUCACGGCCAGUACUUUUUUCCCACUCAGAACUGUAUAAAUCACCUCUAUCAUACAUUAUUUGCACGUUGCAUUAGUCAAAAUACAUCACACGAACUACAAUGUGCAUAUAGAGCGUUCUACAUCAUGUUAUGUGGACCACAUAUUCUUUUCGUUAACAAGUUCCAUAAAACAAAGAUUUUCAUAUAUUUUAGUUGUAAUAUAAAGAUAUACCAAGUUUGUGAUGUUAAAAUCACCCUUUUUGAUAUGAAACUAUGACAUGUUAAGUUAGGUCAUUUUAUCUAUUUCGGCAUAAAAAAAGUACAAAGUUUAUGAGCACGUGUUAUAUGAAAUGCCAAUAUUUAUUUACUAUAUUUUAUAACAUAUUUUAUCAUAAAUUACA